AUGCGAUUAAAAAAUCGUAAACAAUCAAAAUUUACUAUUUUUUCAAGAGCAAUUGUUUCGUUAGCUUUUUUAAUAAAAGAUUGUAAAAGUCUUGAUAAAGCUGGAAUAUUUCCACCAGGUUUCCAAAAUGUUGGUGUAAGUGUUGAUUCUGAUGAACGCGAUACUAAUAAGAAUCCAAUUAUUUAUAAAACAUAUGGAACUAAUUCUAAAUUGAAAACAAAAGACGAGAAUCAAUUUCAUAUUCAAUAA